GCUGACGUCACACGUCCGCGCCGGUGACGCGCCAGCCGCUCCCCCUCCUUCUGCACUCGCUCAGGCUUUGGGGCGCCAGGGUGUGUGCAGUCCCAGUCUGGAAAUCGUGAACAGUUGUUCCCCUGUCCUGGAAUCUAAAGGCGCUGUUGCGGGGCAGGAGGACGUGGCACUCAGGAUGUCAUUUUCGAAAUGUAGGAUGGUGCCUCUGGCUUGUUAGGACCCACAGGAAGACCACCACAUCUAGACCAAUGCUUAUUGGUUAUCACCUCUAUUCCUACUAAAGACCUGUGUCAUUGAGCAUACCUAUAAAAAUGCCUUAGAAAAAGAAGCAUGGAGAAGUAUGUUAGGCUACAAAAGAUUGGAGAAGGUUCAUUUGGAAAAGCCAUUCUUGUUAAAUCUACAGAGGAUGGCAGACAAUAUGUUAUCAAGGAAAUUAACAUCUCAGGAAUGUCCAGUAAAGAAAGAGAAGAAUCAAGGAGAGAAGUUGCAGUGUUGGCAAACAUGAAGCAUCCAAAUAUUGUCCAGUAUAGAGAAUCAUUUGAAGAAAAUGGCUCUCUCUACAUAGUGAUGGAUUACUGUGAAGGAGGAGAUCUGUUUAAACGAAUAAAUGCUCAAAAAGGAGUUUUGUUUCAAGAGGAUCAGAUUUUGGACUGGUUUGUACAGAUAUGUUUGGCCCUGAAACAUGUACAUGAUAGAAAAAUUCUUCAUCGAGAUAUAAAGUCACAGAACAUAUUUCUAACCAAAGAUGGGACAGUACAACUUGGAGAUUUUGGAAUUGCUAGAGUUCUUAAUAGUACUGUAGAGCUGGCUCGAACUUGCAUAGGAACACCAUACUACUUGUCACCUGAAAUCUGUGAAAACAAGCCUUAUAAUAAUAAAAGUGACAUUUGGGCUCUGGGAUGUGUCCUUUAUGAAAUGUGUACACUUAAACAUGCAUUUGAAGCUGGCAAUAUGAAAAAUUUGGUACUGAAGAUAAUAUCUGGAUCUUUUCCACCUGUAUCUAUGCAUUAUUCCUAUGAUCUCCGCAGUUUGCUUUCUCAGUUAUUUAAAAGAAAUCCUAGGGAUAGACCAUCAGUCAACUCCAUAUUGGAGAAAGGUUUUAUAGCCAAACGCAUUGAAAAGUUUCUCUCACCUCAGCUUAUUGCAGAAGAAUUCUGUCUAAAAACAUUUUCAAAGUGUGGAGUACAGCCUAUGCCAGUUAAAAGACCAGCUUCUGGACAAAGUUUGGCUUCUGUUGUGCCUGCUCAGAAAAUCACAAAGCCUGCUGCUAAAUAUGGAGUACCUUUAACAUAUAAGAAACAUGGAGAUAAAAAAUUACCUGAAAAGAAACCACUUCUAAAGCAUAAACAGGCCCAUCAAACUCCAGUGAAGAAAAAGAAUCCUGGAGAAGAAAGGAGGAAAAUGUAUGAGGAAGCAGCAAGAAAGAAAAGGUCGGAAUUUAUUGACAAAGAAAAGAAACAAAAGUAUCAGAUAAGUUUAUUGAAGGCUGAACAAAUGAAAAGGCAAGAAAAGGAAAGGUUGGAGAGAAUAAAUAGGGCCAGGGAACAAGGAUGGAGAAAUGUACUAAGUGCUGGUGGAAGUGGUGAAGCAAAGGCUCCUUUCUUUGGCAUUGGAGGGCCUGUAGUUCCAUCAUCUUGUUCUUCUCGAGGACAAUAUGAACAUUACCAUGCCAUUUUUGAUCAAAUGCAGCAACAAAGAGCAGAAGAUAAUGAAGUGAAAUGUAAAGGAGAGAUGCAUGGUCAAGGGCUUCCAGAAAGAGAUAUUCUACCUGGAGUUCGUCCAGGAUUUCCUAAUGGGGCUGCAGGUCAUCACCAUUUCCCUGAUGCUGAUGUUAUUAGAAAAACUUUGAAAAGAUUGAAGGCCGUGUCUAAACAAGCCAAUGAAAACAGGCAUAAAGGGCUGCUAGCUAUAGAAAGAGCUAAACAAGUCGAAGAAUUUCUACAACGAAAGCGGGAAGCUAUGCAGAAUAAAGCACGAGCCGAAGGACAUAUGGGAAUCCUGCAAAACCUGGCAGCUAUGUAUGGAGGCAGGCCCAGCUCUUCAAGAGGAGGGAAGCCAAGAAACAAAGAGGAAGAGGUUUAUCUGGCAAGGCUGAGGCAAAUAAGACUACAGAAUUUCAAUGAGCGUCAGCAAAUUAAAGCCAAACUUCGUGGUGAAAAGAAAGAAGCUGGUAGUUGCGAAGGGCAAGAAGAAAGUGAAGAGGCUGACUUGAGGCGCAAAAAAAUUGAAUCCAUUAAGGUCCAGACAAAUGCACGUGCUGCUAUACUAAAAGAACAACUAGAGCGAAAGAGAAAGGAAGCAUAUGAGAGAGAAAAGAAAGUGUGGGAAGAACAUUUGGUGGCUAAAGGAGUAAAGAGUUCUGAUGUUUCUCCACCUUUGGAACAGCAUGAAACAGGUGGCUCCCCAUCAAAGCAACAGAUGAGAGCUGUUAUUUCUGUGACAUCAGCUUUGAAAGAAGUUGGUAUGGACAAAAGUUUAAUUGAUUCCCAGGAAACUUCAGAAGAAAUGCAAAAAACCAACAGUGCUACUUCAAGUAAGCGAGAAAUACUACGUAGGUUAAAUGAAAACCUUAAAGCUCAAGAAGUUGAAAAAGGAAAGCAGCAUCACUCUGAUACUUGUGAGAUAAUUGUUUGUGAAGAUGCCAAAGAAAAUGACAAGGAAAAACCAGUUUUAUCUGAUCGAAAGAAGUGGGAGAUAGGAGGUCAACUUGUAAUUCCCCUGGAUGAGUUAACACUGGAUACGUCCUUCUUGGCAACUGAAAAACAUACAGUGGGAGAGGUUAUUAAAUUAGAUCCUGAUGGAUCUCCAAGAAAAGUCUGGGGGAAAAGCCCUACAGAUUCAGUUCUAAAGAUACUUGGAGAAGCUGAACUUCAACUUCAGACAGAACUAUUGGAAAAUACCACUAUGAGAAGUGAGAUUUCUCCUGAAGGAGAAAAGUACAAACCCUUAAUCACUGAAGAAAAACUACCUUGUAUUUCACAAGAAAUAAACUCAUCCACUACUGUUGAUUCUUCUGUUGAGAUCAAAAGUCCAAAGUUUAGUGAGGCAUCUCCACAAACGUUAUUGGAACCAAAAGGAAAUAUGGAAGAACCUGAUGAUUUGGAAACAGAAGUUCUACAAGAGCCAAGUAGGAAAAACAAAGAUGGGAGCUUGUCUUCUAUCGUUACUGAUGUGUGGGUUAGUGAGGAAAAAGAAACAAAGGAAACUGACGUGGAAGAGAGAGUUGCCAUUCAGCAAAAUGAAGUUUCUGAAGAUGCAAUCUUGAGGAAUGUAGACCAACUUAGUGAGGUUACUAUAGAACAUGGAGUAGAUGAUUCUCACCAUUCUAAAUAUGAUGUAGAUAAAUCUAUAAAACCAGAACCAUUUUUCCAUAAAGUGGUUCAUUCUGAACACUUGAAUAUAGUCUCUCAAGUUCAGUCAAUUCAGUGUUCACCAGAAGAAUCCAUUCCACUUCGAUCUCACUCUGAUUCACCACCACAAAAUAAAAACAAGAACUCUUUGCUGAUUGGACUUUCAACUGGACUGUUUGAUGCGAACAAUCCAAAGAUGUUGAGGACGUGUUCACUUCCAGAUCUCUCAAAGCUGUUCAGAAUCCUAAUGGACAUUCCCACUGUAGGAGAUGUUCAAGACAAUCUUGAAAUUGAUGAAAUUGAAGAUGAGCACAUUAAAGGACCUUCCGAUUCUGAAGACAUUGUAUUUGAAGAAGCUGACACAGAUUUACAAGAGCUUCAGGCCUCAAUGGAGCAGUUACUGAGGGAGCAACCUGGUGAAGAAUACAGUGAGGAGGAAGAGUCGGCCCUAAAGAACAGUGAUGUAGAGCAGACUGCAAAUGGCACAGACCUGGCAGAUGAAGAGGACAACCCCAGCAGUGAAAGUGCCUUGAACGAAGAAUGGCACUCAGAUAACAGUGAUGGUGAAGUUACUAGUGAAUGUGAAUAUGAUAGUGUCUUCAACCAUUUAGAGGAACUGAGACUUCACCUGGAGCAAGAAAUAGGCUUCGAAAAAUUUUUUGAGGUUUAUGAGAAAAUAAAAGCUAUUCAUGAAGAUGAAGAUGAAAAUACCGAGAUUUGUUCAACAGUAGUUCAAAAUAUUUUGGGAAAUGAACAUCAGCAUCUUUAUGCCAAGAUUCUUCAUUUAGUAAUGGCAGAUGGAGCCUAUCAAGAAGAUAAUGAUGAAUAAUCCUCAAGACUUUCUUUAAUCCUCAACUACAUGAAAGCAUUUGAAUUUGGCUCAUCAGAAUAACAAGCUUCGGUGGGAAAUAUAUAGAUUAUUUAUAAGAAAUACUAGAUUUAAGAUGAGCAUGCUUAUUGCAUGAAAAAGAUGGAAAAACAUGAUUUCUCAGUUAAGAUUCUAGCAUUUUACCAAUUUUAUUUUGUUUGUUGAAUUUUAUAGUUAAAUACUACAGAACAUAUAUUUGAUCAAAUCACCAACCAAAGCAUAAGCAGCAUUGACCCAGAAUUGGACUUAAUGAUUUUGAAAAUUUACCGUGCAAUAAGGUAGCUUUGACUUUGAGUAAAUGUCUUUAGAUUGAAGAAAUUAUUUCUGUCAUGAGAGACCUGCCUAUGGUUUUUCAUUUAAGUAGUUAAGCAUGGCCUUUUUUUUUUUUUUUUUUCCUCUGCUGUGCUUGUUUUCAUCCUGGCCAGCAGUUCUGCACUAAGUAACCUUAUCAAGGGCUCUAUUUAAAUCUUUACAUUUUGAAGUGGAAUUUUUAGCUUUGAAGUUUAUAUCCUCAAGUUAUUUUUCAACCAAUGUGUCUCUUGAACUAGCUGAGUGGAAACAGGCUGUAGAAACAGUUUUAGAAAUCAUUGAAAGAUUUGAUUAUGAAUGAUUCACAACGUUGUUAUUUUCUGAUAUUUAAAAAGUUGGUUAAUUCUACUUCUUUUAAGGACCAGAAAUAUUAUGUCUUAAAAAUUUAAGCUGUGAAUUUUAACACUGACCUAGCAUAUAGUAUAAAGUUACCCUUUUUUUUUUACUUCCUCUCAUGCAUAUGCUUCAGUGGCAAUGGGAGGUUAAGAAAGGAAAAGGAAUCAUCUUUAUUUUGAUAGUGACAGUUUUGGUAACUAAUGUUUGCCUUUUUUAUUUUCAUUAUGAGAGGAUUUACUUAGGUUAUUGACGUGCUGGUCACACAGCUUCACUUACACUGUUCCAAGUAUUACAUGGUUUCAUUAGAGAUGCCUACUGUCCAGAUGUUUUUAGGAAUAAAAGCAGAAUUUUUGAGCCUCUGAGUACAAAGCAGCCUGAUUAGCAUAAUCUAAAAUUUGAAAAAUAAAAUCUUGCAGCACUAUCA